UCGCUAUAAAUGCCAGCAUACCAUUCGCCUUUUUCACCACCUGCUGUACCUGCAUGCCCACUUUCAAUGACUGGUGUAUAAUGACACCCAGGUCUCGUUGCACCUCCCCUUUUCCUAAUCGGCCACCAUUCAGAUAAUCUGUUUUCCUAUUUUUGCCACCAAAGUGGAUAACUUCACAUUUAUCCACAUUAAAUUGCAUCUGCCAUGAGUUUGCCCACUCACCCAACCUAUCCAAGUCACCCUGCAUCCUCUUAGCAUCCUCCUCACUGCUAACACUGCCACCCAGCUUCGUGUCAUCCGCAAACUUGGAGAUGCUGCAUUUAAGUGUAGUCUAACUUGUCCUGGUGACUUAUCUACCUUUGGACCUUUCAUCUUCCCAAGCACCUUCUCCAUAGUAAAAGCUACUACGCUCACUUUUGUGAACUUCUGGCAUACUGCUAGUGUCUUCCUUAGUGAAGACUGAUGCAAUAUACCUAUGCAGUUUAUCUGCCAUUUCCUUGUUCUGAAACGUUCCACAGUACUGGUGAAUCCCAGCUGAUUCUUGGUGCAUAAGUACAAAAGGCCACAUCACUAGUUCUUAUAUGCUUUGCUCUAGGAACACUAAGCAAAUGUAUUUGAGGAUCUAAGAUUACAAUUAGCGAUGUAAGGGUAUCCUUACACUCAAAUAUACAUGGAGUGCAACCCAGAUAAGUGUAAGGUGAUUCGUUUUGGUAGGUCAAAUAUGAUGGCAGAAUAUAGUAUUAAUAUUAAGACUCUAGCAGUGUGGAGGAUCAGAGGGAUCUUGGGGUCCGAGUCCAUAGGACACUCAAAGCUGGUGUGCAGGUUGACUCCAGUUAAGAAGGCAUGCGAUGCAUUGGCCUUCAUCAACCGUGGGACUGAGUUCAAGAGCCGAGAGGUAAUGUUACAGCUAUAUAGGACCCUGGUCAGACCCCACUUGGAAUAGUGCGUUCAGUUCUGGUCACCUUCACUACAGGAAGAAUGUGGAAACUAUAAAAAAGGUGCAGAGGAGAUUUACAAGAUGUUUCCUGGAUUGGGGAACAUGCCUUAUGAGAAUAGGUUGAGUGAACUCUACCUUUUCUCCUUGGAGCGGUGGAGGAUGAGAGGUGACCUGAUAGAGGUGUAUAAAAUGAUGACAGGCAUUGAUCGGGCACAGUUUUAAGUUGCUUGGAAGUAGGUACAGAGGAUAUGUCAGGGGUAAGUUUUUUAUGCAGGGAGUGUUGAGUGUGUGGAAUGGGCUGCCGGCAAUGGUGGUGGAGGCAGAUACGAUAGGGUCUUUUCCGAGACUCCUGGAUAGGUACAUGGAGCUUAGAAAAAUAAAGGGUUAUGGGUAACCCUAGGUAAUUUACAAAGUAAGUACAUGUUCAGCACAGCAUUGUGGGCCGAAGGGCCUGUAUUGUGCUGUAGGUUUUCUAUGUUUCUAUGUAUAUACAAAGGAGCUAGAUUAUUCAGAACUUUGUACACAAUUAAGACUAUUUUAAAGUUGAUCCUAAAGGGCUCGGGCAGCCAAUGUAACAAUGCUAAAACCAGGGAAAUGCACUCAGAUUUCUUUUUGGUUAAGGUUCUUGCUACUGCACUUUGACCAAGCUGCAGCUGAUUUACUGUACAUCUCUCCAAGGCACUCCUGAAAAUAGUGCAUAUAAUAGUAUAAUUGGCUAAAAACAAAAUCAUGUUAUCAAUUUCUCUGUAUCUUGAGAUGUUAUAAAAAGUUGAACUCCUGCAAUGUUCUUUAAAUGAAAGAUCAGUCUCAGUAAUAUGAUUAAUAUGUGAUUUGAAAGUUAGCUCAGUCAAUUAGUAAAGGCAUCCGUUAGUCUUGCGAGACCAUGGAUCUGCGCCUGGAAAGUCUUCACUGAACAAGAUGCACUGAACGAUCAGGAAACGAUCAACUUAUGUUUUGAAUAUACCCACAGGCAUGGCCUCAUUACAGUCUGUGGCUGAGCAUUCCACAGAUUCACUACUCUCACUAAAAUAAUUCUUCCUCACCUCUGUUCUAAAAGGCCGCCCCUCAAUUUUGAGGUUGUGCCCUCUAGUUCUGGUUACCCCCCGCCAUAGGAAAUAUCCUCUCCAUAUCCAUCCUGUCUAGUCCUUUCAACAUUCAGUAGGUUUCAAUGAGAUCCCCCUGCAUUAUUCUAAAUUCCAGCGAGUACAAAGGUUCAAAGGUACAAUUUAAUAUCAGAUUAAUGUAUACAAUAUUACAUCCUGAAAUGCUAUUUCUUUACAACCAUCCACGAAAGCGGAGAAGUGCCCCAAAGAAUGAACGACAGUUGCCAAAUGAAUUGAAUUGAAACGCAAACGAGUCCUGACGAAGGGUCUCGGCCUGAAACGUCGACUGCGCCUCUUCCUAUAGAUGCUGCUUGGCCUGCUGCGUUCACCAGCAACUUUGAUGAUGAAAUCAUUGCAAGAAAUCAUUGAUCCACAAUAAAGAAAAUGGUCUCUUCAUUUAGAAGAUACUUGUGGCUUUGUUCCAAUCAUCAAUUCAUUUGUAAGAACUGGCAACCGAGGAGAUUUCCAAUGUGCGCUUCUGUAAUCAACAGAGAAAUGACCCUUAAGCAGAAGGGCCUGGAGAUCUUUCAGACUGCAAUCAAUGCCGUUCUGCCUCAAAAUAUAAUCAAGGAUAAUGUUAGCAUGGAAGGAGAGAGGCUGCUGAUACAACGUCAGUCUUUCCGAGUCCACAAAAAUGUCCACCUUGCCGGAUUUGGGAAGGCAGUGAUGGGAAUGGCAGCUGCUAUGGAACAGAUACUUGGAGACCAUUUGGUCAAAGGAGUGAUCAGUGUUCCUCUUGGGAUUCAGAAUGAUCUUCAGCUGACUGGAAAAGAGGACAUGCUUUUAAAGCCACAGACAAAAAUACAGGUAAUGGAAGGAGCACAACAUAAUCUUCCUGAUGAGAAUUCUUUAAAGGCAGCAAACAGUAUCCAUCGCUUAGCUGAAGAACUCACUGAACAUGACUUGUUACUUGUGCUAAUCUCAGGAGGGGGAUCUGCUUUAUUACCAGCACCAAUCCCCCCUGUCACUUUGAAAGAGAAACAGUACCUGACAAAACAACUUGCCUCUAAAGGUGCAACUAUUCAGGAACUCAACACCAUUCGCACGUCCCUCUCUCUGCUGAAAGGUGGAGGUUUGGCAAGAGCUGCAUACCCUGCACAGGUGGUGAGCCUAAUCCUGUCGGAUGUUAUUGGCGACAAUCUGGAAUCCAUAGCUAGUGGCCCGACUGUAGCAAACCUGCAAAGUAAGGAAGACAGUUUCAAGAUUUUGUCAAAAUACCAUUUAUUAUCAUCCAUACCAAAGUCUGUGAAAGAAGUUCUAUCUCAGCCUAACACAAGAAUGGACGAAGAGAAAUCACAAGAUCUUGCUCAUGUUUCUAAUUUUAUUGUGGGAUCAAAUACAAUUGCCUUAGAGGAAGCAAAAUGCAAAUCUGAGCACUUGGGUUACAAGAGUUGUAUCUUGUCCACUGGAGUGAAUGGAGAUGUGAGGACUGUGGCCAGACUGUACAGUCUUAUGAUCAAAUAUGUAUGCUCAGUUCUGGCAGCUCAUAGUUCAGUGUGCGUGCAGGCAACUAGAGUGAAAGGUGAGCUGCUGCAGAUCAUUGAAAACUUGAAGCUUCCUGAUUUCCAAUUGGACAGCUGUUUGGAGCUCUUAGAAAAUGUGCUGAGUUCAGGGAAACCGAUAUGUCUUUUGGCAGGAGGUGAAACUACAGUUCAUCUGCAGGGUAAAGGGAAAGGAGGCCGAAAUCAGGAGUUAGCCUUGCAUGUAGCCUUGGAACUGUAUCAAGCCAAAUCAAGCAUUCCACAGGAUCCCUUAACAGAGCAUGAGAUUGUUUUCCUUAGUGCUGGAACUGAUGGACAAGAUGGACCUACUGAUGCUGCUGGGGCAUUUGCUUACACUCAACUAGUUGAAAAAGCCUCCCAUGAAGGGCUUAAUGUAGAGGACUUUUUAAAUAACAAUGAUUCGUUUACUUUCUUUACCAAGUUCAAUAAAGGAGCCGAUCUAAUUGUGACAGGCCUGACAAGUACCAAUGUAAUGGAUGUCCAGGCAAUUAUUAUUCACCCAAAGGGAACUUGAGUAUUAGCUUUUUCUGCACAGAGGAAACAAAUAAAGCAAUUGUUAAACAUUA